AUGGAACCGAAGUGUGUCGUAUUCAUGUGUACUACACUAUUUGCUCUGUUGCUAUUGAUCACCGGGAUUCGUCCUCAGAAUUUCGACGACAGAGAAACUAUCGAUGGAAACAAUCACAAAGGGUGUGCAUACAUGCAUUGCGAGGGGAAUGAUGUCUGCGUACACAGGAAAUUCCGAUGCAAAGACCCCCCAUGCCCCAGCAUGCUGUUCUGCGCCAAAUCUCGUACGGAAUCUAUAAAGGGUCCCUCCACCUGUGACAAUGUACAGUGCACCAAUGGAUACGUGUGUAUGUUGAAGGUUCGACGUUGUCAUUGGGACGCAAAAUGCGAGCAACAGAUAGCAAGAUGCGUGUCCCGAAAGGAAUACCACGAGGGGCCCGCUUCCUGUGCAGGGUUCAAGUGCCCUCGAGGAAACCACUGCAUCCUCCGGGAGUCGUUCUGCGCCAGUCCACCAUGUAAAUUGUUAAGAAGCUGCGGGAAGAACAAAGAGGUGAAUCUGUGGUUUGGAAGAUGUCGAAAUCUCGGUUGUCCAUCAGAGUACCAAUGCUUCCUACGAAGACCAGAAAAUAACUGCACGAAUCCACCAUGCAAACAUACACCGGAUUGCAUAAUUACGAGAGAGAACGAAGUGACAAAUGAACAUUGUCGUGGAUGGAUGUGCCCAAGAAUGCAAACGUGUGCAGCAGAAAUUCUAGGUACCUGCGAAGCGAAUGAGUGUAAUAUUAAGAGAACUUGUCACGAGGUGCACGUGAUAGCAGCAAAUGAUUCUUCAUCGUUCUCGAGGAGAUCCUUGAAGAAUAAGGACGAAAUACCUGGAACUGAUACCGAGGUGCCUUUACUUCCCUAA